AUGCACCCGAAGGGGACCCCAGCGCCGGCAUCAUCCGUGAAGGCACAAGACGCCGCCGAGGCGGAGGUGCGGUCGCAGGAGACCGCAGCUUGCCAGCCUCGAGAGGCCAGCAGCAACUGGUCUGGCGACCGUGACCCUCACCUUCUCGGAACCUUCUCUCACGUAGGCAGCCUCGAGGCCAGCAAGCCCGACGAGGCCGAGGCGCCGCGCCGGAGCAGCAUGGCGUCCGAGGAGGCGCUGCAGCAGCUGCUCGAUGUGGCGGAGACGCUGCGCACAGAGGUCGCGACGCGCUUCGGGCGCGCGAGAGCGAUCUAG